AUGGUCGAUGAGACCGCCGGCGCCGAGCUGUUAAGUUUUAUGGAUGCGUUCAAGGGGUAUCAUCAGGUGAUGAUGGCCGAGGAGGAUGAGGCGAAAACAGCGUUCAUUACCCCAGACGGUCUCUACUGUUACCGGGUGAUGCCUUUCGGCCUGUGCAAUGCGGGAGCCACCUAUCAGAGGAUGGUGAAUGCCUUGUUCGGGGAGUUGAUCGGCAAGUCCAUGGAGGCCUACAUCGACGAUAUGCUGGUAAAGAGCAGAAGCAUGUGCGAUCAUGCGUCCGAUCUACGACAAAGUUUUGAGAUCAUGAGGCGUCACCGGCUGAGGCUUAACCCGACAAAAUGUACGUUCGCCGUACAGACCGGAAAGUUCCUCGGGUUCAUGAUGACAAGGAGAGGAAUCGAGCCAAACCCCACAAAAGUAAAAGCGAUUAUGGACAUGAGGCCGCCUGCCACGGUUCGGGAAGUUCAGCAGUUGACCGGCCGAUUGGCCGCUCAAAGCCGCUUCCUCUCAAAACUUGCCGAACGAGCCCACCCUUUCUUCCAGACGCUGAAGAAGACGUCCGCCUUUGCGUGGACGGAGGAUUGCCAACGAGCCUUUGAAAGCUUGAAGGAAUAUUUGGCUUCGCCGAUUGUGCUGUCUAGGCCGGAACCCAGGGAAGAGUUACAGGUCUACCUUUCCGCGUCUGAUCGCGCAAUUAGCGCGGUGCUUUGCCGAACCGACCCGGAAGGAAUACAGCGCCCGGUCUAUUAUAUAAGCCACGUGCUCCAAGGCCCCGAGCUACGAUACUCUCGACUCGAGAAAGUUGUGUUUGCUCUAUACACAACUGCCAAGAAGCUUACACCCUACUUUCAAGGCCGGACGAUCCAAGUACUGACCGACCAGCCCAUGGGCGCCAUCCUGCGAACGACUACAUCCUCUGGUCGGCUGAUUAAGUGGGCAAUGAUGUUAACCCAGUUCGCGAUUGAAUACACGCCCAGGCCGGCCAUUAAGGGACAAGCCUUAGCGGAUUUCGUGGUGGAAUGUUCAACGAGGGAUAACACCUCGUCGACCGCCGACCCCGCUCCGGCAGAAUGGGAAAUUGCGACAGACGGAUCGAGCUGCAAGCAGGGUGCGGGGGCUGGAAUAGUUCUCACCAGCCCGGAAGGCUUCAAAGUCUAUUAUGCCCUGUCGCUCGCCUUUUCACCGACCAACAACGAGGCAGAGUACGAGGCCUUCAUAGCCAACUUGUGUCGCGCCCGUUCUCUGGGGGCUAGACACGUGAGGAUUGGGACUGACUCAGCCCUGGUGGUCGGACAGGUAACUGGUGCCUUCGAGGCAAAGGGAGAGCGUCUAGCCCGGUACCGAGAUCACGCGAUAUCAGUUAUGGGAUCGUUCGAUGUGUGCGUCGCCGAACACAUCCCGCGGGCCGAAAAUGCUGACGUUGACAUGCUAUCCCGGUUAUCACACGAAGCCCCGGAGUACAUAUCCAAGGUGGCCCGGGUGGAGGAGCUAUCGACCGCUUGCAUUGAUGUAUUGCCCGUAGCCCCGGUGGAGGCGGACGCUGAUGAAUGGAUCUCCGACCUUCGGCUGUACUUAGAGACCGGAACCCUACCGGAGAACGACCAAAAAGCCAGAAAAGUGAAACUGCACGCACCCCGUUUUCAUAUCGUCGAUAACCGCCUGUACCGACGGUCGUAUGGGGGGCCGUUGAUGAGAUGCCUCUCCCGGUUUGAAGCUAAAUUAGUGAUGACCGAGCUGCACUCCGGACUUUGCUCUGCUUAUCAGGGGGGUCGGGCCUUGGCAAGAAGAAUCAUGUUGAUCGGUUAUUAUUGGCCGUCGAUCCAGCUGGACUGUGAGGCACUAACCAAAUCAUGCGAGUCGUGCCAGCUGUACGCCCGCGUCCCGGGCAGACCGGCCACUUUCUAUCAUCCGGUCAGUUCUGCAAUACCGUUCGCUAAGUGGGGAGUGGACAUCCUGGGACCUUUCCCGCAGCUGACAGGGCGUCGUCGCUUUAUCAUUGUCGCCGUGGAUUAUUUUUCAAAGUGGAUUGAGGCCGAACCGUUGGCGACGAUCACCUCCCAGCAGUGCGCCCGUUUCUUAUGGCGGAACGUGAUCUCCCGUUUUGGGGUACCUGUACAGUUGGUGACCGACAAUGGAAAGCAGUUCGAAGGUGAAUAUUUUUAG